AUGAAGCCGUCGUCACUUUCAUUACGUCCGCUGCGGCGAGCGCUGGCGCCGUCGGUAUCGACACAGCUGCUCCCCCUUGCCGCCCCCCGGCUCUACUCGACGCACCCGCCCAAUGCGAAGCUCAACAUUCCCGUGGACUAUGCGACAACGUCGCUCCUCGCGCACUCGUCACAAAAUGCUCUCAGCACGGCUGAGCUCCCGGCGGAGGUGCGCGACGGCACGACAAAGAAGAUGAACUUGUUCCAAGCCAUCAAUGACGCUCUCUCGAUUGCGUUGGCCGAGGACGAUUCGGUCAUGGUUUUUGGCGAGGACGUCGCCUUUGGCGGCGUUUUUCGGUGUACGAUGAAGCUCGCGGAAACGUACGGGGCCGAUCGCAUCUUCAACACGCCAUUGACUGAACAGGGCAUCAUGGGUUUCGCCAUUGGGGCGGCCGCAGAAGGCAUGCGGCCUGUCGCGGAGAUACAGUUUGCAGAUUACGUCUACCCGGCCUUUGACCAACUCGUCAACGAGGCGGCCAAGUACCGAUACAGAGAUGGCGCCUGCGGCCGAAGCGUCGGCGGCUUGACCGUACGGAUGCCUUGCGGCGGCGUCGGCCACGGCGCCCUCUAUCAUUCCCAAUCACCCGAGAGUCUGUUCACGCACAUUCCCGGUCUGCGCGUGAUCAUGCCGAGGUCACCUCUGCAAGCCAAGGGCCUGCUGCUGGCAGCUAUACGUAGCAAUGACCCGUGCAUCUUCAUGGAGCCCAAGAUCCUGUAUCGUGCGGCUGUCGAGCAGGUCCCCGCGGGAUCAUAUACGCUACCGCUGUCCAAAGCCGAGGUCUUGAAGGAGGGCAAGGACGUGACGAUUAUCUCGUACGGACAGCCGCUGUACACUUGUAUGUCAGCCAUCCAGCGGGCCGAGGAGGAGCUGGGCAUCUCUGUCGAGCUCAUUGACCUGAGGACACUAUACCCUUGGGAUAAGGAGACGGUGCUCCAGAGCGUGCGCAAGACAGGCCACUGCAUCGUGGUGCACGAGGCGAUGGUGAACGCUGGUAUUGGUGCCGAGGUUGCCGCCACGAUCCAGGAGGAUCCCGAUACCUUCCUGAGGCUGGAGGCGCCGGUUGCGAGGGUCGCGGGAUGGAGCAUUCACAGUCCAUUGCUUUAUGAGAAGUUCAACAUUCCUGACGUUGCGACGGGUUCUGGACUAUUGAGGGUUGGUAAGGAACUAGGACCAAUCUGCUCUCCCCUGUCCCGCCUCCAACUGCCCCGCAUUACGUUUCAACGUCCCAUCAAGAGGCAGCUCUUCACUACAGCCGCAUCAUCACCGACCAACGUCGGACUGCGCGACCAGAUCUUAACCCGUGCCGGAUUACCUCACAAUGUCCCAAGUCGAGACCGUGUCUUCCUUCGUGGAGGGCGCUCCACCAGGCGAGACAUCAAGUCGCUCACCGUAUCGGACCCCGAGAUCGUGUCCAGCCUCGAGCCGGCGUUUGAGAAGUACAACGAGGAGCAGUUCAUCACGGUGAAGCUGCCAGGCGGAAGCCAGCAGGUCAUCAUCAGCUCGCACAGCUCGCUCGGCGAUGGCCAGUACUUUGACGUGGAGAGCUCCACGAGCUUCUCCUUUGACCACACCACACAGAAGGCGAGCAAUGUGCAAAGCUACGUGCUGGAGAGCGCCAACGCGGACUUGAUCAAGUCGACGUUGAAGAGCCUCGGCCCCUAUGUCCAGGAGCACUUCCCCAACGCUGCGUACGGUGCCUAUCCUACUGAGAAGGAUUCCAAGGUUGCAGUCAUCAUUGUCUCGAACAAGUACUCUCCCAACAACUUUUGGAACGGUCGCUGGCGGUCCGUCUACAUCUUCGACCCCUCCUCCGAGGCCCUCGAGGGCUUUGUCAAGGUCGACGUGCACUACUAUGAAGACGGCAACGUCCGGCUUCUCACCAGCCGGCCCACCCAGGCGUCGGUCUCGUCGGGCACGGGCGCCGGCAUCGUCAAGGAAAUCUCCGCUUCGGAGAAGAAGUACCAGGAGGAGCUCAACAGGGGGUUCACGAGCCUGAGCGAGGGCGCAUUCAAAGGCCUGCGACGACAGCUUCCCGUGACGAGGCAGAAGAUUGAGUGGGACAAGAUCACCUCGUACAGGCUGGGUCAGGACAUUGGCGGCGGCCGGAAAUAA